AGUCCCUCAACGCACAGACUGCAGUGCAGCCUGUGGAACCGCCACUAUGCAGCUGAGGAAUCUGAUGAAAGCUAAGGUGCAUUACAAGCUGGAAUCCACUGAACCCGCAUUGUAUUAUUUCAAGCCUCGCUAUGGUUGCAUCGACGCGCAACAAAACACGCGUUUUACUGUAUUUUUAUUGCCAUUUGAUUUUUAUCAUCCGGAAAAUCGUAAGCACGAGAUAAUCGUUCAAAGCAUGCUAGUUGAGGGUGAGAACGAGGAAGAUCUACGUCAGCUGUGGGAACGUUCUAAACAAGCCGAAGUUCUGACACAGAAUAUAAAGUGCAUACCGUGGGUGCGAGGAGAACUUGCUAUGGAACCGAACCACGAGCUUGUGUUUGAAGGUUCUUUCGAUUUGCCGUUUUCCUCCAGUAUCUACCUGACCAACCCUUCGAGCGAUUAUAUGCGCUUUGAUAUACGAACCUCGUCUGCCUAUAUUUCAGUCUUUCCACACGAAGGGACCAUAAAAUCACGUAACAAGAAGGAACUGCUUGUCAUUCGGAAACCACUGCAGUCAGGUGAUACCCAUACAACCACCGACACAAUCACACUACAGUCAGCAGUGCUUCUUGAUGAGUCUUGGGGGCAUGAUAUGAAAGAUUGGCCCGCUGUCCCGAAAAAGUACGCCACAAUCAAGUGUGUGUACAACACGCCAAAAACAUCAUUUUCCGUCCCUGAGUUAAAACCACUAACAAACGCUCUGCAAGAUGUCAGCUGAGUCAAAAGCGUUUGCAGCGCCGUCUGUAACAAUUGUACGCGCUCAAUACGAACGUCGAACUUCCCGUAUCUGCCACAUGCUUGCUCCGAAUGAUAAACGCUUUUGCAACACGAAUGUGUUAAUAUUUCUCGUAAGUCCCGGUUGUCUAACAGCGUUAACUUUA